UUCCCUUCUCAUAUUAAAACCUAACAAAGCCUCACACAGUAAACCGCGCCUCUUUCAUAGAGCACAGUCCGCAGCCGGAGUUUGCAUUCGUUUCUGGUGCUGUCUGUUGAUUCCACUAACCAAACAAGGCAGGCCCCAAGUAAUACUGUGAAAUCCAUAUUGAAGUAUAGCAAGGUGAAAGAAAGUACAAGAGAAUGGCAAAGUCUUUGAGAUCAAAGAAGGAGAAGAGGCUGAGGGCAAUUCGAAGGGAGCUUGUUGAACCUUUCUAUGACAAGAAAGAAGCUGCUAAGCUGGCUGCCCAGGAGGCUGCUCUUGCUGCACCGAAGUUGGAGGUUCCUUCGAAAUCAAAUAAUACCAUGGAAGUGACCACUUCCACUAGCAACACCAACAUGGAGGUGGAGAUGGCUGACAGCAGUCAAAUCAUGGCUUCCUUAAAGCCUGUUGGUGGAAUAGGGAAGAAAAUGAAAAAGAAAUUGAAAAUAGCUAAAAACAAGCGCCGUGGUAAGGGAAAGAUCGGGAAGCGCAGAAUAUGACUCCA